CACGUCAUUGGUUAAUCAAACCUAUUCUCCUUUGCUCACUGCGCUCUCCCUCCGUUGGGGAGCAAAUGUAUAAAUAUGGUUAUCUUCUUUCACUAUUUUCUGAAACCUAUAAAUACCCCAAAGAAGAGCAACAAAUCCAGAAAGAAGCAAAGUUCAAGCAGUAGAAAUGGCUGAUCACAACAACAAUCUCCUCACUCCUUACAAGAUGGGGAACUUCAAUCUUUCUCACAGAAUCGUACUGGCUCCAUUGACAAGGCAGAGAUCUUACAACAAUGUUCCUCAGCAACAUGCCAUCUUGUAUUACUCCCAGAGGACCACCAAAGGAGGUUUCUUAAUUGCUGAGGCCACCGGAGUUUCUGACACUGCUCAAGGGUAUCCGGAUACACCUGGGAUAUGGACAAAAGAGCAAGUUGAAGCUUGGAAACCAAUUGUGGAUGCUGUUCAUCGCAAAGGUGGAAUAUUCUUUUGUCAGAUAUGGCACGUUGGGAGGGUUUCAAAUUCAGGUUUUCAACCAAAUGGACAAGCCCCAAUCUCAUCAUCAGACAAGCCAUUGUUCCCGCAAGUUCGAUCUAACGGAAUUGAUGUUGCACAGUUUACCCCACCAAGACGUCUAAGGACAGAUGAAAUCCCUCAAAUUGUCAACGAUUUUAGGCUUGCGGCCAGGAAUGCCAUUGAAGCUGGUUUUGAUGGAGUUGAAAUCCAUGGAGCUCAUGGUUACAUUAUUGACCAGUUCUUGAAAGAUCAAGUGAAUGACCGAACAGACCAAUAUGGAGGAUCCCUUGAAAACCGUUGUAGAUUUGCUUUAGAAGUAGUUGAAGCUGUUGUAAAUGAGAUAGGUGGAGACAGAGUCGGGAUAAGACUAUCGCCGUUUGCGGAUUUCAUGGAGGCAGGCGAUUCGAAUCCAAAAGCUUUGGGGGUCUACAUGGCAGAGAGUUUGAACAAAUAUGGAAUUUUGUACUGCCACAUGGUGGAGCCACGGAUGAGAAAUGUUUUGGAGAAAGUAGAGUGUCCUCACAGCCUGUUACCAAUGAGAAAGGCAUUCAAGGGUACAUUCAUAGCUGCUGGGGGGUAUGAUAAGGAUGAUGGAAACAAAACCAUUGUUGAGAAUCGAGCUGAUCUUAUUGCUUAUGGACGUUGGUUUUUGGCAAAUCCAGACUUGCCAAAGAGAUUCGAGAUAGAUGCUCCUCUCAACCAGUACAAUAGAGAUACCUUUUACGUAUCAGAUCCAGUGGUUGGUUACACAGACUAUCCUUUCUUGGAAGAGUAGCAAUUCUCAUUUGGAGUGGCUUCCACUUAGCUUUUUGAAAUAAAUAGUUGGUCUCCAUGUACUUCCGUGAUUUAUGUUUCUAUUCCAUAUGUAUAACAUAAUGCGCGUGGAUUAUAUAAGUCUCUUAUUUUGUUUUGUUGCACUGGGUUGAAUGGUAUAAGCAACACAUGAAUCAUAUAAAUUUAUACCAUAAACUGAAGUGUAAAUAUGCAAUUUAGCUCAUACCUUUCUUCUUCACUAAAAUGUGACUAUUUUCAUUUAUGCCGAGGGAGAGGGAUAUGCUAUGAUAGGAAACAAGUUUCUGUUGAGAAUAAGAUGGAUGUUGUUUUUGGCCA